GUUUUUUUUUUUUGCUAUCCACCACUGUCCACUCACACUGAGCCAUACACUACAUAAUACCCAACCCACCAUGUCACCGGAGAGCCUCCGCCUGAUCUCCUCCUCUUCUUCCACUAUGACCGCCGUGUUCCCUCCCAAACCACCCAUUUCGCCACCACUCCGGUCGAAACAACAGUUCCAUCAAAUUUCUCGCAGAGAUGCUGCUGUACUCUCAAUCAUCACUGUCGUCGUGCCUCUUCUCCACCAGCCUUCCCCUGCAGCUGCUGCAUUCUCCAUCGGCAUCUCAGGACCUAAAGAUUGGCUCAAAGAGCAGAAGAAGAAGGCCUACAAGGUCCUCUUGGCCCCCAUUGACGCCUCUCGCAACACCCUCCGUACUGUAUAUCUCUUACUAACGAAUAGCGACUCUGAUUUUGUGGAUAAGGAAAUGGAACAAGUUCAGACGCUGCUCAAGUCUGCUGCUAGGGAUUGCGUUCCUGAAGACAGGAAUUCGUUUGUUGCUUUCCAAGCUAGCACUGGAGUCGAGGUGUGCACAUUCCGGCUGGUUGUCAAGAAUGCGUCUUCGUUGCUUGAUGAUAAAGAUCCUAUAAAGUUGGAAGCUGAAGCUAAUCUUACUGAUCUCAUAAGAUCUUUUAGCUCUCUCAAUGGCAUGGCAAAUGAAGUUGAUAUUCAACUCCCUUCUAAUAGAAAGAGGGUGGCAGAUGCACUCAUGAAUACAAUAUCUUCCCUUGACAAACUUGAGCAGGGUGUUAAGGAUUGCCUUGAAAUUUAAUCAUUUUUGUUUCCUUCAUAAUUCAAGAUUCCGCAGAGGUUUUCAAAGAUACUUCUAUCCUUGAAGUCAAAGACAGGAGCAUCGGAAGGUAUGCAUUGCUGUUAGGCACUUCUGUGCUGCUUCAGGUGUGUCUACCCAUUGGCAUUAAACAAUGGGGCUCGUGCUACAUUGCGCUGGUGGUCUGUUAGAUUCUUGUAUGUACUCUCAUCUAAAUCCGACUGCUUUGAACCAUGACCAAAGAGAAGAUACGACUGUAAUACCUGAUGUUAUGUGCUUAUAUGCAAUGAAUGACAUUGUUAUGGUACCAUCCUCUCAAAUUUUUCUUUUAGUGGAAACAAAAGUUUGGGGAUUUAAUUUUUGGAUCUAUGUAAUUUCCCUUAACUAGAGGAGUGUAAUUUAUCCUAUUCAGAUUU